AUGGGCUCGUUGCCGGAGCAGACCGUCUUCCGCUCGACGCUCCCCGACAUCGCCAUCCCCGACCACCUCCCGCUCCACGACUACGUCUUCGAGCGCCUCGCGGAGCGCCGUGACCGCGCAUGCAUCAUCGACGGCGCCACCGGCAAGACGCUUACGGUCGGCGAUGUGUACUGUCUGUCUAGGCGCCUGGCCGCUGGGCUGUACUCCCUCGGCGUCCGCCACGGCAGCACGGUACUGCUGUUCCUCCCCAACUCCGUCGAGUUCGCGCUGUCUUUCCUCGCGUCGUCCCGCCUCGGCGCCGUCACCACCACGGCGAGCCCGCUCCACACCCCGCCCGAGAUCGCCAAGCAGGUCGCGGCCUCCGGCGCCACCGUCAUCAUCACCGAGCCGGCGUUCGUCGCCAAGUUGCGGGGCCUCGCCGGCGUCACCAUCGUCGCCACCGGCGAGGGCGCCGAGGGCUGCGCCUCGUUCGCCGACCUCCAGGCCGCCGACGACUCGGCCCUGCCAGAGGCGCCCAUCGACGUGGCCAACGACGUGGUGGCGCUGCCCUACUCGUCGGGCACCACGGGGCUCCCCAAGGGCGUUAUGCUGUCGCACCGCGGGCUGGUCACCAGCGUGGCGCAGCUCGUCGACGGCGAGAACCCCAACCUCCACUUCCGGGAGGACGACGUCGUCCUCUGCGUGCUGCCCAUGUUCCACGUCUACUCGCUGCACUCCAUCCUGCUCUGCGGGAUGCGCGCCGGCGCCGCACUCGUCAUCAUGAAGCGCUUCGACACGGUCAAGAUGCUGGAGCUGGUGGAACAACACGGCAUCACCAUCGCGCCGCUCGUGCCGCCCAUCGUGGUGGAGAUGGCCAAGAGCGACGCCAUGGACCGCCACGACCUCUCCUCCGUGCGCAUGGUCAUGUCAGGCGCCGCGCCCAUGGGCAAGGAGCUGCAGGACAUCAUCCAUGCCAAGCUCCCUAAUGCAGUGCUCGGACAGGGUUAUGGGAUGACAGAGGCCGGUCCAGUGCUCUCAAUGUGCAUGGCCUUCGCCAAGCAGCCAUCGCCGGUGAAGUCCGGCGCUUGCGGCACGGUGGUGAGGAACGCCGAGCUCAAGAUCGUCGACCCGGAAACCGGUCUCUGCCUCGGCCGCAACCAGCCUGGCGAGAUUUGCGUCAGGGGAAGGCAGAUCAUGAAAGGGUACCUCAACAACCCGGACGCCACGGCGGAGACCAUCGACAAGGAAGGGUGGCUGCACACCGGCGACGUCGGGUACGUGGACGACGACAACGAGAUCUUCAUCGUGGACCGGCUCAAGGAGCUCAUCAAGUACAAGGGCUUCCAGGUCGCGCCCGCCGAGCUCGAGGCCAUGCUCAUCGCGCACCCCAGCAUCGCCGACGCCGCCGUCGUCCCGAUGAAGGACGACGCCAGUGGCGAGAUACCCGUAGCGUUCGUCGUGGCGUCAGCCGCCGACAUCACCGAGGACGAGAUCAAGCAGUACGUCGCCAAGCAGGUGGUGUUCUACAAGCGGUUGCAGAGGGUCUUCUUCGUGAGUUCCAUCCCCAAGGCGCCCUCAGGGAAGAUCCUGAGGAAGGAUCUCAGAGCAAAGUUGGCCACGGGAGCGUACUGA